AUGCCUGAAGGAAGAGACCCCAUCGCCCCGCUUCAGACCUGGAUGGAGGACCAUAUCAUGUUCCCCUAUCAGACUGGCGUGAAGAUCCCCUUGUGGAAGAAGGAGCUGGAGCAGCCCGGGACCAGAGAGGCAGAGGCGGAGGCGGAGGCUGCGGAGGGGGCGCCGGAGGAGGACGAGGAGAGGCUGCUGGAGGAACGCGCGGCCGAGAGCGAGGCGGAGGGCGGGGAGGCGGAGGGCGGCGAGGGCCGGGAGCGGGGCUCCGUGUCGUACUAUCCGCUGAGCCAGGAGUCCAGCAUCCUGCAGGUGGCGCUGCUGCGGCGCGCGGACAGCGGCUUCUGGGGCUGGUUCAGCCCCUUAGCACUGCUCGGCGGCCUGGCCCCUCCCGCCAACAGGAAGCGGAUCCCCCCGGAGGAGCCGUGCGUGCUGGAGACGCGGCGGCGGCGGCUGCGCGGCGGGGGCUGCGCGCGCUGCGAGAUCCUUUUCUGCAAGAAGUGCAGGAACCUGCACAGCUCGCAGAGCUACGUGGCGCACUGCCUUCUGGAGCACCAGGAUCUGCCGGAGGCGCGGGCUUCUGGAGGCGCGGGGGCUGCCGUGGGCCUUUGA